AUGGAAAGUGCUACUAAUAGCUCAUUAUCUAAGAAUAUGGAAGAUACUCCUCAGGGCGAACAGCAUUCAAAGAAUAUGCUAAGCAGAGAAGAAGAUUUAGAAGGGUAUCACACCCCACCACAGCCGUACGCAGCGCAAGAGAAGAAUAAAAAUGGGGAGGACGAAUUUUAUUCGGAUUCUGAAGGAGAUAUACGUGCUUUCACAGGUCAAGAUGGUCGCAGUAUCCAUAGUAAUACUGAUAGCAGACGCAGUAGACGUCUGUCGAUUUUGGAGAGAGUGCAAUCGAGAUAUUCGUUCUUCAAUGAGAAUUUGAGUAAGCAAAGAAAGGGUAUCGCUUUAAAAUAUUUAUUCAUAUACCUUUUGAUGAGUACGUCCAUCUUGGGGAUUUUUUCGAUAUAUUGGGGGUCAUAUUACCAAAGAAACUCCAGACUCAAGAAUUUGGGUAUGUUAGUAGUGAUUGAAGACGAUCAUACUGUGGAUGGUAUCGAACCCGUCAUUGGAAAUACAAUUAGACAGAUAUUAGACACUAAUAAAGCCAAAUAUUAUGGAAAAUGGCACAUUUUCAAUCAAUCAGAGAUCCAGGAACAAGCAGAUAAACAUAACAAUGAUGUUGAGGCGGAGAUACAAAGACUUAUUCACCACCAAAAGUAUUGGUCAUCGAUAUAUGUGAAGCCUGAAGCAUCAUAUAAUUUAUACAAAGCAAUUUCUGACGGAGAUUCAUCUUAUAAUGUCACCAAUAAUACCAUUAUAUCAUAUUAUGAGACAGGAAGGGACUUUCUUAGUAUGAAUCUGUAUGUUACACCAAGUAUCAGAAUUAUCGAACUGAUGUGGUUGCAGAAACUGGCCAAUGUGAGUUUGUCGAUAACCAGUAACUUAUCUUCUUCGAAAAAAGCUGAUGUGUUGAGCGAUUCCAACUCACUUGAACUCUUGUCCACACCAAUGACUUUCACCUACAUCGAUAAAAUACCCUACACAAACCCUGUUUUAACAGCACCAUCUCAAGUUGGGUUGAUUUACAUGAUCAUUAUGACUUUUUUCCAGGUUAACUUUUUCAUGGAUGUGCAUAAGAGUGUUGCUGAAUUAAAAAUCAAGCCUAUUCAUUAUGUUAUUUACAGAAUACUUUCUUCUAUUCUUUCGUUCUUUGUUAUAAGUUUAUUCUUCUCGUUGGUUACUUUAGCAUUUCAGGUUGAUUUUACCAAGGCCUUUGGACAUUCUGGAUUUUUGGUGUACUGGAUGAUUACAUUCAUCACCAUGUGGGCAGUAGGUUUGGUGAACGAAAUAGCGGCACAUAUUAUUAUUAUGAUAUAUCCGCCGAUGAUAGGAUUUUGGAUGUUAUUCUGGGUUGUUAUAAAUAUCGCUCCUACUUUUGCACCAAUGGAGUUAUGUCCUCAAUUUUUCAGAUAUGGGUAUGCAUUACCUAUUCAUAAUUCCUAUGAGGCUACGAAAGUUGUUUUAUUCGAUACAUAUAAGGGUCAUUUAGGAAGAAACUUUGGUAUUAUCUUUGCUUGGAUAGCUCUUUUUACGUUUUUACUUCCAUUCGUUCUCAAACUAUUCCAAAAGACCAUGAUUAAGAGGGCUCAAGCUGCUGCCCAGAAGAACGCUGAUAACUAA